CGCCGCGACAACCAAUCAGGAGCCUGGUGACGUGGCUGUAACCAAGUCAAAGGGGCAGAUCCAGCCAAAGCCCUUCAUUCUUCAAUGGACGGAAGGCUAAUCAACGCCGUAGCAAACAACCCGGAGCUGUACGACACCAGCUGCUUUCUGUACCGAGACAGGAAUAUAAAGGACCGAGCUUGGAGGAAGAAAUGUGAAGAGAUCUGGCAACCUGACCAGAAAAACAUCCCAGCUGAGUCUGGACAGAACGUCACUCUGACAUGUCGAGCUCCAAACAACAUCAGGACUGUGGAGUGGAGCAGAGCUGACCUGGGAGAGAAAUAUGUUUUUUUGUAUCGGGAUGGGAGGAAAACAACAGUGAACCAGCAUCUAUCUUUUAAGGACCGGGUGGAUCUACAGGACAAACAGAUGAAGGAUGGAGACGUGUCUGUGAUUCUGAAGGAUGUGACGAUUAAUGACAGUGGAACAUACAAGUGUCGUGUCGUUGAGACAGGAACACUUGGUUUGAAGCCCAUCAGCAUCAUCAGCCUGAGUGUUGUUGAUCCUCCAGGUCCAACAGGAGGACCAAAGAAGGAUGAACCUGUUGGACUGAAAGUUGGUCUGUUAGUUUCUGGCGUCCUCAUUGUUGCUGCUUUUGCUGGGUUUGUGAUCUACAGAAAGCAUAAAGGAGAAAAGAGUCAGGGUUCAUACUAACCUCCUGAUGAUCUGCAGCACAUUUAAGUAUCUCAGACCUCUGAACAGCUAAACUUUGAGUCUCCUGCUGCUGUCUCAACUUCCAAGUGAUGUCAGUGAACAGGGGGACAGACACCAGGGACCUCACAAAGAAAUUAAUUAUGAAGUGUCACCAUAAAAUGUUAUUCUGUCUUAUCUCUGUGUAUGGAGAUGAUGGAAAGUCUUUGUGAGGAAUGCAGAGUAAAGAAAAUCUAAGAGAAAACAGAGAAUUCUGCUGAUUCAACAGUUAUUGUCUAAUUUUGCUGCAUCCAGCUUACACGGUAAAAUUAGACUUGUUCAUAAGUUCCAAUUUUAACAAAAUCGUAGUGCUUCUAUCAGGCUUUAACACAGCCUGAUAAAGGAUACGUGGAAAUUGCUUUAGUUUGUCAGUAGAUCAAGUGUGAAGUGAAAUUAAUUUGACUGAUUCAACGCUCAUUCUUGGAGGUUGUUCAGCAGCGUAAAUGUGACCUAAAAGGAGACCAGAAUAAAUUGUAAAAACAUUUAUACAUACAUGCACAUAUACAUGCACACUCCUGUGAUAAUGUGAUGCUCAGUUUUCACUGCUGUAACCUUCGAGCUGGGCUCGAUUUAUGCUUGCACAUGUGAAAUGUAUUCCCACAUGAAUCUAUGUUGGCCUUCAGCAAAUGUUACCAUGUUGAGUAAGGUAAAAUCAGAGCUGCUUUCCUGAUACUUUAAACUGUGACUGUAAGCUUGACACAACUUGCUAAGUCAUUAAUCCCACUUUUGAACUUUAUUCAUUGCCAUUGUACAGUUGCCUGCACAGAGGAAUUAGCUAGCAAGACGACAAAGGUGCAAAACCCCCAAUGUCCAAACAUAAUAUAAUAAAUAAGGGAUGAUAAUGGUAAAACAAGAGAUUGAGGAAGUUUCAGUGGAAACAAAUCCAGGAAGUUUGAAACAGGUGUUGGGAUGAAAUUCAUGUAAUCACAUAUUUGCCAUGUGUGGUUUGGCACUGCCAGGAGCUCUGUCAUCUAAAAACACUGCAUUUACUUUUACACAAGUAUGAAUAAACUCAUGAGGAACAAAAUACUGUCACAAGUGCAACCUGAUUAAG